AUGCCAGGAAUAUGGAGGAAGCUGAAAGAAAUAAAGGGAGAGCUAAAGAAACUGAAUACAAAUGAGUUUGUAGCAGUUGAUGCAAAGGUGAAACAUGCCAGGAAUCAAUUAAAAGAGAUACAAGAGAGAAUAAGAAAUAACUAUCUGCAAACAAAGCUAUUUGAAGAGGAGAAGGAAAUGAAGAAACAACUGGAGAAAUGGGUCAAUAUUGAAGAAAGUAUCUUUAAACAAAAAUUCAGGAAUCAAUGGUUGGAAUUGGGAGACUCAAAUUCUGCUUUCUUCUUUGCCAGCAUGAAGAGUAGAGUUAGUCAAAAAGAGAUUAGAAGUCUGCCGACUGCUACAGGAGAAAUAGUUCAAUCUAUGGAUGCAAUUAAAAAGGAAAUUGUAGAUUUUUACAAAGUUCUACUUGGAUCAUCAGCAACAGCCCUAUCAGUCAUUCAUCCAAGAGUUAUGAAGGAAGGGAAGAUACUAAAUAGAGAGCAACAGUUGAAACUCAUUGAACCUGUCAGAGAAGAGGAAGUGUACAAAGCUUUGAAGAGUAUUAAUGAGUUAAAAGCACCAGGAUGUGAUGGAUUCGACUCACUGUUCUUCAAAAAAACAUGGGAUAUCACUGGUCAGGAGAUCAUAAAGGCAGUCUUGCAAUUCUUUACUACAGGGGAAAUGUAUCGACCUAUCAAUGUAACAACAGUCACUUUGAUACCUAAGGUGCAACAUCCCUCAACCAUCGGAGACCUAUAUCUUGAUGUAUAG